CAGUCCCUCGGUCGCUCAGCUGUGCGUCACAUGUCGGGUACCGCGAGUCCUACUCCUGCCCGUAUACCAUUGAAUCGUGUACCGCUUGCUCGUUCAAGUUACCGUACAGCGCCGGAUUUCUACUCACCGGCAAGCGUCAGUCAUAUAUUAUGCUAUCUACCGCGUGCACUCCAAAGUAUUAUCACAAAUCGAUCACGAAGUGCCUCGAACAUGCGGACGGCGUGACGAAUACAGGCAACGGUGCACGCCGUUUUGUUGAUACGUUGAGUUCUGUGUUCAGGCCGCGAAGGCCACCGCGUCCUUCCUCGGUUUAGGAUCGCAUUUGCUAUCGCGAUUGCAAUUUCACGCAAAACUGCCCAAUCUGUCCUCGACGAGUUAUCACGGAACGAUGACCUAAAGCAACGUGUCGCAGUACGGAGUUUCGGAGACGUAGGAAGAAAGAAAGGAAAGAAAAAGAGCUGAAGCUACACACGACGAGUAAAACUGGUGUUCUAGUUUCCGGGAGUGUCUUUCCAAAUAUUCAUUCGAAUCAUAGACAUAAUAUAUCAAUCGUGUUUCGAUCAUCUCUUAUGGAAAGUGUCGAACUGUUGAAUCGCGCGUGACAUUAUUUCUUCUCUAGUGUGAUCCAAAUUUGUUUCCGGUUUCUGCAUCUACGUACGUUUUUUAACGUGAGUUUCGCGGACGGUAGAAGAGUGAGUCUUUAACCGCGGUGCAAAUGAUCUAUACGAGAGGCGAAUUCGCGCGAGAUACUUUCGAGAACGAUUCGAUACAUGGUAUUUUGUUGUGAAGUAUAUCGGUGUGUUAGAAUCCUCGUCGAACGUUUCAAUCGAUUUAUCGAAGUGAUCGAAACGAGAGCCGAGAUCGUUUAACCAUAGAUAAUCACGAAUAAUGUCGACGGGCAAGAGGCUGGCGAAACGUAGCAUAAUCGGCACCAGAGUGUGUGCUCCCGGCGAGGACGGGAAAUACUACAGUGGCGUCAUUCACGCCGUAAAAACGCCGGCGUCAGCCGCGUCCGAGUCAGGCCUCAGCAUUACACCGAAGACUCGCUACUCCGUGCGUUUCGAUUCCGUUCCCGGCGGCCGUCCGCCGAGUCCCAGCACCGAAUACUCUGAUCGCGAUUUGAUCGGGCCUGGUUUCGGCUCUGUCACCAGCGCGCAUCUCGUGCCCGGCCAGAAGGUCUAUCUUACGUACAACGGACGGGAAAUUCACGCAGAGGUCACGCAACAUCGCGAGCACCUCGACGAAGUAGACGUGAUAAUUGUACCGAACGGCCAAGAGACGAUGAGGCUGACUAAACGUAUAGACGAGGUCAGGUUGCUCGAGUCACGUAAGAGCGCCCGACUGGCUGAUCAGGAUACAGAUUUCGCUAGACUGGCCGAUAUGGCUGGUGAUCGUAAGCGGGCGUCUUCCCACUCCAUUGAUGUACCACAUGUAAUUGGAUCCAGAAAACGGCGACCCAGCUCGAGUAAUGAUUCCGAGCGAUCGUACAGCGGUUGGAGCGACAGAAUACCCCACGGAUGCGGCCGCGAGGGUUGUCGUACCAACGAACGCGGCGAUUGCAUGGACGAAUGCACCGCCGCUCUUGUCCUCAUGUCGCUCUCAUGUUCGCCACACAGCCCUCACAAUCCCCUGCCAUUGCACUGCCAACACAAUUACGGUUCCUGGGGAGGUCGAGGUGGCGGAGGUGGUGGCAUGGUCGUUGGCUCACCAGGAGUCGGUGGCACCUCGAAUAGCAGCAGCAGCAGCAGCGGGGCUUCAUGGCGUAGCGGCACCCCGAGUCCGCCUCUCAGCGACGAGGGGGCACCUACCACCGGUUCUCUGUGGCCGACAUCCGCUCAUCCUUCGCACAAUCAACAGCACUACCCUUACAACGCGUCUGGUUCGUCGUCGAGUAGCACCCCUGGCUCGACAACCACCCUGGACGAGGGUAUAGUGCUCGAUUACCUCGAGGAACAGCACCCACGCAAAAAGAAGAUUCGAGCGAAAGUAAGCCGCGACCCCAUCGAGAAUGGACCAGUCAACACAGCUAUCUACGAAAGCGAACAGGCGAACGCAGCGAUAGUGUUCAAAUGCACUUGGCCAGGCUGCCUGGAAAUCAAAGCAACUGUGGCGCUUAUCGAGGAGCACGUGCGUCAAUCACACUUGGGGCCGAAAAAGUCGAAUGGCUAUGAUAACGAGGAAGACGACGACAUUUCUGACCACGAAGAAGAAUUUUAUUAUCAAGAGGUGGCGGUCGAUCACAUGAGCUCUCCGCCAACGAUGUCACAUCGAGACAUGGCCAGGCCUCCGCACGAAGAUCCGGAAUACCAGAAACAGCUCCGUUUAGAGGCCACUUCUGCCACUACCAGUACAGAAAACGUGAUGGUGGGCAUCAGAGAACGGAACACUGCGUUCGCCAUCUCGCAAUCGCCGGGUACACCGAUCAAGCACAUAAAGUUGUCGCCCCGGCCGUUCCAGGCGUAUCAGCAGAACAUAGGCCUGCUGACGGUGACUACCGGCAAGAUGCCGUCGUCGCCGCGACGGAUCCGCGGCGAGACGAAGAAAUGCCGCAAGGUCUACGGUAUGGAGCAUCGUGACCAAUGGUGCACACAAUGCAAAUGGAAGAAGGCCUGCAGCCGUUUCGGCGACUAGGCCAAGCGGCCGCCCCGUUCGUAUGUCCGCGGGCGGAGACCGUCGCCGAGCCGACCCCAGAGUUUGCCAAUGCUACGUUAAACUUCUCGCCAACUGCCAGCAAACAACAAUUGCAAAUUUCCACAACAGUCGAACAGUUACAGACAGCCACGAGUUGUAACAAGUCAAGUUACGAACGGUCGUCGUCGUCGUCGUCGUCAAUUGUGACGUUGUUGUCGUCGCGGCGAUGGCGACCACUCGCUUGAUACAGGCGCGAUGAAAGCGCGUUUUCCUCUCGCGUGGUUCGCGUUGUAUCAUGGUCACGGGACAGCGAAGACGUAUCCUGCAGUAUCGUCCACCAUUUUCCGUUCGACCGGAUCCAUAUAUAAAUAGAUUCGAAAAAAAAAAAAAAAACGAAGAAAGCGCCAAAGAUCGAAGAACGAUCUCUGUGUGGUCUGUGAUGUUCAGCGCGGCUCAUAUCGAACAGCGAAACACCACUUCUUCCUGUUUUUUCUUCUUAUUCCUCUCGCUAAACCCGUCGUGUUUCCUCGCCGUUCUCCUCGCUUCCCUCUUUUAUGGAAACGAGGCGAUGAGAGGGGCACGGGUCAAGAAAAAUACGUCAAUCCCAUGACGGAUGGCGGGUGGUUAGAAGGGCUGAUCUCGCGUUUGUUUACUACGUGGUAAAAAAAAAAAAGGAUAUAGAAUCGUAAAGGAAAGAAUCGUGUUUGACUUGGUCUAAAAUACACAGAUAUAUGUUGCGUUGUCGAGCGAUGGUAGAGCGGAGAAGAAGAAAAUCGAGUGUAACGUUGUAACGAAAGGAAAAAAGAAAUAGAAAUAGAAGAUCGUUGACCGAUCGUCGAACGAUAUCUUAUCACUCUCGUCUAGCACUUGGCAAACUCCGUCAGGGUCUUUUUAGCCGUAAUAAGGGGUUUUGAUUAGUAGAUAGCGAAUAAUUGGCGUACUGAACGAGGCGUCCUUAGACUGUCGCGCCCUCUCUGUCUCUCUUUCUCCAUUCUUUCUCUUUGUUAUCUCUAUGUAGUCUUUUCUCUCUUCCUGUCUCUGAUGGAAUGUAAGAGGGCUCGGAACAUGACCUCGCUUCCGGUUCGCCAAAAAACAAGAAUUUUAAAAGAAAAAAAAAGAAUCUUUCCGUGAUUCGUUAGGUAAAGAAAAAAAAAAGAAAACAAAGAGACACGCGACUCAAGAAUCGUACGGAUGAGCACGCGUGCCUCUGAAAAUACGUGCUGGUUCCCGAACCGACUCUUAGGUCAUUACAAUAGGUCUUCCUUCAUCCGACGAGAGCGUCUAGGCUCCAUUUCCUCGCUGGGCUCUCUUGGCUUGCCUUUUCGAGGGAUGUGGAUGGUCGUCACGCGAUCCUCGCAGAAAAAGAGAGUCCCCGUGGGUCCGUGUAUCACGCGUGCGUGUCCCACAUCGUGGCCGUUCGUUUGUUCGGCUGAUUAUUCGUCCGUUUGCCUCACGGUGGCCCCUCGCGUGCGCUCGCAUACGCGUAUUCGUCAACGAAUAUUCGCCGAUCUUUAGAAAUAUUAUCGAACGUAUAUUCGCGUAAGAUCAUUUCAGCUGGUCUUGAAAUUGAUGCGAGACGAAACGAACGAAUAUUCGAAAUUAACGCGCAUACUAUCCAGAAAGUUGAUUGGGAACGGAAUAUUUUUAAACCAGAAAAAGUUGUGUCGAAAUAUUUAAUCGGAAGAAAUUAACGAUCGCCUUGAAAUUUUUAAUAUUUAUUCGAUGAAUAUGUAUGGAGGAACAUAUUUAUUGGCGUAAUGAACGUUUCAUUCUCGUUACCCGAGACUGUUGCUUUAAAAAAUUUCAUAAAUCCGCGAAUUUAUAAUUCGUGAUUUUGUAUUCGCUGCGAGUCAUUUUUAAGUAUACUUCCAAUAAACGAAUAUUCGCGCGAUUCGCUUCGUAUCAAUUUAUCGACUCGCGUAAAAAGUCUCGCGUUCCGUGGCUUUAGCUAAAACAUGAAAUAUUCGUUUGCGAAUGGCACGUUUCGUGGGGGGGUCGAUAUAGUAUAAUUUCUCAGUCGUAUGUAAUAUAGCGUGGGGGACGUACGCGACGCGCGUUCCGGACGAACGGAAGACCGUGAAAACAAAUCGAAUAUUCGAUUUGACCGAUUGUUCUUCCUUGAAGGACGCAGGCGGGCAUGUCUAGAACGAAGAUUCGCCGCGAACCUACAGGCAAUUGUGAUAUUUUUUCUCGAAAUUUUAUCGAAUUAAUUAGGCGAAUCACCGUGGGCCGAUACUAUAAAUUAGGCAUGAAUUUUAUUGGGAUGACGAUGGGUCGACAAAAAGCGACGAAAAUAAUACGACGUGUCGAUAAGGUAAUGGUUUAAAAACGCAGGGAAAAGAAAGAAGGGCAAACGCGCGGAAGCAAAAUUUUAUACACCAAUUGUUAUACUGCCAGAUUAAAAAGUAAUUCAAUGAAACGAAUAAAAAAUUAUACGAAAAAAAAAACAAAAAAAGGAGGUAUAAAAACGAAGGAAAACGAUUAAAAUAUCGUUUCGAGCUUCGUAUACGAAAAAAUACACACACGCACACACACCACGAAGAUACCAUCGUGUGUGUCAGGCUCAGGCUGCUUGCUAGCCUCCUCUCGACGACCUAAGACCGUGUUCGCCGAUAGAAGGAAAAACGAAUAAUAAGAAUAUGAAGCUGCAUGCACGAAAUUUCGGUAUAGAUAGAUAGGCUUCGCAGUUGAAUCGAUCGAUCGAUUGUACCCUAGCAGCGAGAUUCUCUUUUCAAGAUCUUGCUUUCUGAUUAUAUACAUAUGUGUAUAAAUGCGUUUAUAUAUAUAUAUAUAUAUAUAUAUAUAUAUAUAUAUAUAUAUAUAUAUAUAUAUACACACACACGUGUAUGUAGAACAAUGGAAAAAGAUAAAUGAAACAUAUAAAAUUUGUGAGGCAGAUUUUAAACGUUCAGCAACUUCUCUGUCUGUCUAUCGCGGGACGCUUCUACUUUAAACCAACAUCGUCAAAUGUGCUCCCUUCUCGCUUUCGAUCGUUCGCACGACUCGUGCGUAACUUAUAUACGGAUCAUCUUUUUCGGUUAUCGAAAGAGACGAUGAUAGAAUAAAGAGUAAAAAAGAAAAGGAAAAAAAAGGAACACACAUAGAGAGAAAAAAGAAAGAAAUCAUUUGAUCUGCAUAAAUUUUGCGACGUGAUACACGGGUGAACUCGUACGCAUCAAGUCUCUAGACGACGAUAUUAUGUUCGCUUUGGAAGAGGUUGCUUCGAAACGUAGCGAUAGAUUUCGUUGUUGUCUCAUCGACUAAUUUAAACUGAUUCUUUGUCAUUGAUGUUUGAUAUUAUUAGGACCGUUGUUACUCGUUUCUGUUAACGAGACCAGCGUCUCGUUCCUUUUUUUUUUUUUUUUUUUUUAACGAACACCGAAACGAAAAAAUUCAAAGGGUAUUUCAAAGACUGUAGGUAUAUAUUUAACGUCCGUUCGUUUCUUUCCCUCUCUAUUUUAAUUCGUAUUUACGGAGAGGAGACUACUUCCAUCGUGUUAAUCGAUGCUCAUUUUUCUAGUACAAUUUAAUCGCGCGACGAUGUUUUUUCUCCUCACACACGUGUUUUAUCCUUGUUUGCUCGCAUAAUUUUACGGUUUAUAUCACUCUCGAAUCGUGUAUCGAUAUUUAAUAUAUAUAUCUAUAUAUGAUAGUUAUAUGUAUAUUAACGUUGUAAGUAUAUACAUAUAUAUAUGCCCGUUUUAACACUUUAACGUUACUUGAGAUUAAGAGAUUCGUCGGGCGAAUAAACAUUUAAAAAAAAAAAGGGAAAAAAGAAAGAAAGAAAAGGGAGGAGAAGUGUCAAUUACGGAGUUCUUUUUUGUGCAAAACCGUGUCAAAUUCCGCGGAGAAAAAGAAGAAUCACGAAAUCAGACCAAUUAUAUUAUUAUCGUGGCGAUACAUUACGUUUUCUCGCGACACGCGCAUACAGGCACAUAGAAUCAUGUAUUUCCGAACCAAAGACGCCGUCGUAUCUCCGAUCGUGUUUACCAAAUUUCAAUCGAUCUGUGGAGUUCAGGAUUCUCUUCGUCGAGAACAAGUCGCUUAAACACAGUUCGUCAUUGUCGUACCACGAGGAUUGUAUAAAUCUUGCGAAAUAGUUUUUCUAUUUCUUUCUCUUCUCUUUUUAAUACUAGAUACAUUAUCUACGUACUUAGAAAAAAUCUAUUUUCUUUUGUUUCUUCGAUCGGUUUGACUGGUAGCGGACACAUAACAAUACGAAGACCGCGCGGUGAAAAUACGACAGGUCCCAUCUUCGUUAGUUUUCUCACCUUUAAUUUGAUCUUUUCAAUAUGAAGCAGUUUGAAGGAUUCGCCUUUUGCAAACAGAUGAUCAAUCCACAAUGUUUUUAUAAGACUCAAAUAACAUUAACUUAAAACGUCGUCAAAGACUACGAUAAAAUACAUCUUUAAUUCGAAAAUUAAACGAUAAGAUAAUCUUCAUAUGGAAUCGAUCGACACUGAUCGAAAUUACUCUACAAAAUAUACGGGAAAUGCUAUCGUGUUAUCGUGUUCUUCACCCGUGGCCUUCGUAUCGAGUCUCAGUGAAUUUCCUGAGAAUAGAAUUUCAUAGACGAAUUAGAACGGCAUAAAGUAUUAGUCGAUGUCACUGUGCUCGAUCGAACGCAAGAACUUAUGCCCGCUGAUCCUAGAAAAAAAGAAAUGAUCAAGAUCAUUGAAUCGUUACGAUUUUACAAAGGAGGAUUUCGUAGGAACAUUCUGAACGGAGAAUGAUCCCUCGUGAACUAGUUUGCGAAAUGAAUGUCAAGGAACAAAUAAGCGAAGAAAAAAUAGGAAAUGAAAGUCGCGAAUUGAGUGCAAGCUCGCGUGAACAAACCGCGAGCGUGCAUAGGAUAGAAAGUAAUUGCCGUCCAAAUAGGUUCCUUUUUUUAAAUCAAAAUUACCGAACCAAAAUGGUUUCUCGGCCGUACGAUUAAAAUCGGCAUACUUUUCCGGAAAACCACAGUAGGACGCCGAAUAAUGCUACGAGUGGAAGGAACACAAGGGGUAGUUUGAAAAAGUGGAUCCCUUGAUUAUUGAUCGUUAAAAAGAAAUGAAAAAAUAUCGGAGGCAACGAAAUCAGAACAUUAUAUUGAAAAUUUUGUAAAACUUCUGUUUUCUACAAAAUAUUUUUUCAUUAUUAGUACAACAUUGAUAUAUCAUGCGAUUAAGAAUUUUUUACACAAAACCUUAGACAAAGAUCUUUUAACUUAAACUUUCUUUUUAUAGGCAAAUAUUGUGUGUUUUUAACACAGUUUUACGUAUGUUUAAUGUCAAAGAAGCGAUUAAGUAUUUCUUUUGUUAAGACGCUUUUAAGGCACAGCCUGCACACUCUAAUAUCUUAAUUUUUAUUCAAAUUUUAAUCAGCGAUACCGAUAUUUUUAGUACGUUACGAGAAUAAUUACUUUUCUUUUGUUUUUGGCAUUAUUUUUAUUUCUUAUACAUGUAUAGAAAAUACACGUCCCACAAUUUUUUGAAAUUUACAGAAAUUUUGAUAGAUCGAUCUUUUACAACGAGCCAAGUAUGUGGUAUUAUUCGGCACAAGUCAGACGAAAUUUUAAUUUCUCUCGUAUCCGUGUAGAAGAAACGGAAACAUUGUCCUAAACGAACGAGCAUCAUCCAGAAAGGAAAAACUUGAUUUUACCGUUAUGCCUUUGAACAGAGAAAGGAGUUCGAACAAACUGACGCUAGAUCAUUUCUUGCGUGGAGAAGUGUCAGAAGCGAAAAGAGAAUUUUGGCGGGAAUUCAAAUAAAGGCACUAACGUGGAAACUCACAGUACAAGGUUAAACGAUUGUGCCAUCUGAAAUGCCAAAUAUUCUCUGGUACUUUUAUCUUAAAAUAAAAAUUCGAAGAAAAAAAAAGUAUAAAAAACAGAAAAAAAAACGAAAAAAUAACAAAGAAUAACAAAGGUAAGUUUGUAGGAAAAAAAGCAAAGAAGAUGGACAUUUAACGCGAAAGAGAAACAUUUAAACGCGAUGAGAACGGAACGAGAACGAGAACUUAAAAGUUUCGUAACGGAAGCUUUACAGACUUAAAGAUACCUCAGGUUUAUUUCAUAUACGGAAACAACGGUGAGGCCGUUUUGAUCGAAGCAAAUGUGUUCCGGAAAAAAGCGGGACGACUCGUUUAAACGAUAGACGCGUAUCUUCGCGAUCACCGUCUGUCAUACUGGUUGCCCUUCUCCCGUUUCGAUCAAAGUGGCUAGCCGAUAGGUACUGAAAAUAUAUUUCAUACGUAUCUCCUCGCGAAGUAAACGUCAAUAUUACUUAGUCGAAUUCGUUGCAUCGAGUCGUGAACUCGAUUCGUUAUUAUUGUAAAAUAUAUGUAAUCGCAUUUAAUAGAUCGCCUGAAAACGUUCAAACGCCGGGGACGAAAACCUGGGCCCGAUCAUUUUCUGCCGACUAUCCUCCAACGACAAUAUGAAUGAUUAGGAGAAAAAGAAAACGUCGUUCUCGCGUCUACAGUGUUGCCGGAAUGGACGUAUGUACGGUGAUUCGAUCGGACGAUCGAUUCCGAUCGAAUCGGCGGAUUUUCUUCGCACGAUGCUCGCAAUUCGUCUCUCGCGGACCGAUGUAUCGUUGAGAUCUCGCGCAGUGACAGCUGAAAUGGCCGUGUAAAAAGAGUCCCAUCGCCCCGUUGGCAACACUGUACGGCCGCGAUAGCCGAGCAUAGUCCGCGCGCGUAUUAACCGAACAUUCGAUCGAUUCGACAAGCGAGCCAAUUAGGGGCGAUCAAAAUCCUAUAUUGAAUGACAGCAGAGACAGCGAUCGCCCCGGAUAAUCAAUCCAUGGGCUCUGGUGUGUCCCAGCACGAUCGCCGAGAUUCGGAUGGGAAAGAAACAAGAAAAGUCGCAGAGAAAUUAAAUGGCCGGGAUUAUCAUACCAAAACGAUCUCAUAUCGAUUUAAUGAAAUGCAAUUUUUGAUCGUGCGGUCGACCGGGGGCGCCGUUCACACACACAAACACGGUAAACAUAUUACAUUACAUAGAAGCAUGCUGGAUAUUAAAGCGGCGACAUCUUCGCAAGUGCGAGGAAAAUUCAUUGCAUGUACCUGUUUAAUAAAAUCGUCGCUGACCGACGCGGGGCAGAAGGCGAGACGUAUUUAUAAAUUGAUUUCGAAUCAAUCAAAGCGGAAUCCCUUUUGCCGCUGGCCGCCUUUUAGACAGCGUUUGCACUUGGUCGAUCGCACAAAGUAAAGACAUAUUAUUAAUAGUAUAUUAUAUUAUAUUAUAUUAUUAUAUUAUAUUAUAUAUAUUAUUAUAUAUUAUAUUAUAUUAUAAUUAUAAUUAUAUUAUAUUAUAUUAUUACCAUUAUUAAUUAUUAAUUUUUAUUGAUUAUUAUUAUUUCCAUCGUCAUCGUCAUUAUCAUCAUUUCUAACAAAAAAAAAAAAAAAGGAACAAGCUAUUAAUUAGCAUCACUAUCGGUAACGAUCAUGUGAAUGUCAGAGGAAAGGAAAAAGAAAAGGCAAGAUAAAGAUGCGCGAGAUUCUUAUCGACGCGUUAUAAGGAACUUGUUAGUAUUAUGCAAUACUCCGUGCAUCAAUAUGUAUAACAAUGGAUUAAGCUAUCCAGCUAUCCAAGACGUAUUAUACAAUUGACCAUAAGAUCCGAAAGAGGGCUGGCACGGCGUGCAACCAGCGACUCUUAUCAAAUAUUUACAUCCGUAUAUCGCUGCAGAAGCUACUAUUUAUCGAGAAAAAAAAACAAAAUAUAGUGUCAUAGGUUAACGUAAAAGCUGCUGUGGUUAUGUCACAUUAUACAACGCCUGAACGAUUCGAGCAUAUAUCAUCCGUGGAACGAGUCAUAGAUGGAAUAAAAAAGAUGGAAUUUCAUUGAAGUGUAAAUUUUAUUGUUGGUCUCUCUCCCGGUAAUAAACUAACCGGUAAAAAAAGUCGCAUUGACUUAUUAAUUCAUACUUUCCAUACUUCCAAGAUUAAGUUGCUUUAAUUUUUUUUUUUCGUUGACACGUAGGUACAUGCCAUCGUACGAUACGUUUGCAUGAAUAGUCAAGUGGCAAAAACAGAGUUAUCGUGUUUAUUAAAGUAAAUUGUAACGCGUAAAAAUCUAUGCAUCGAUCGCGUAAACAGUGCAGAAUACACAUGUAUGUAUGUAUAGUAUUAAAUAAAUUAUAUUGUGGUGAUCAUCUUUCAAAAGUUUAAACUUCGUUUUUACGUAUUUUUAACGGUUCUUUUAAUAAAUAGUAAAUUUAAUAGUAAAUUAAGAAAGAGAAGUAACGAAUGAAAAUUAUCGUGUUAUUAGGUUUUAAUAAUUUAUUAAUAAUUGAAUGAAUGAAAAAAAUGAAUAAUUGAUAUUAGGUUUUAAAAAUUUAAUAAUUGAUAUAUAUAUAUAUAUCUUUUUCAGUACACAGAGAGUAUUGAACAAUUAAAAAAUUUUUAGUCAACGUUUUAUUUUUUCUAGAUUAUUUUAUCUAUUAAGUAGUUUCGUUUCUAUAUCGGCAAUAAUAGAGACGAUAUAUUGAAACAUUUAGCUGUGUAUUAUUAAUUUUAAUAUUGUAUUGUGAUAGUAAUGUAAAUAAUUUAGUGACUAGAGUAUCACUAAUUCUUAUUUCGACUGACUAAGGUCUUUCAAUUAUAUACCGCAUAAUAUUUAUUUUGUUGCUCAAAAAAAUAUGCGUAUAUACAUAUAUACAUAUAUAAUCUAUCAGAACGAUAAAAGAAGGCGAAUAUACGUCUAGAGGGAAGUUUUAUCGCUGUGCGCUUUUACUCGUGCCAUAAUGAGACAUAAUCGCAGCUUCGGACAUUCACCCGGCCAAAUAAAAGUUUUUAAGCCACUUUGUGAAAUUCUUUUCGAAAUUUAAAGGCGUGUAUCCUUGAUCGAUCGAAUUUUUAAAGUGAUUCUGUCCAACGAUCUUUCUGUAUCCUAAGCAUGAUCGAUAUCUGCGAUGUUAGAUUAUUAAUUAAUAUACUAGAUAGAAAAAAAGAAUAAGAAAUAUUAAAUCCUACAAAACUUUUCUCUAAGAAUUUAUUUAAUUCCAUAAAUUUACUAGCAAUUAACAUUCUUUACAUUAACAAAAUUACAUAUAUUUUACCCGAAUAAUAUUAUAAAAAUGUAGUAAAAUUUCAGGUUACUUCGUUGUACGUUAGGCUUUGUACAUAAAACGAAAAAAUGAAUAAAAGAGAAAGAAAAUAAAAUAUGUAUAAUGGAAAGUGUUUAGAGAUGAAGCUUCGAUGAAUUUUCUACGAUACAAAUUAAGUAUGUACACCGAUUCGAACAGGUCAAUAUCAGAGAGUACAGUGCCCCUAAUCGAUCAAUCGACAGUCCAUUGAAGUUUCAUUCGUUUGUGCUUGCUGAAAAUGCUGCUCUUAAUUACUUGUCGCGACUGUAUUUAAUAUUCCGUCGAACCCGUCACUAUACCCACUCUUAAUACACGAACACGCACAUACACGAUCAUAGAAACGUGUUUAGUAAUUAACAAAAAUCUUCAAUAUCAUCUUUCUUCUAAUCGUAAACAGUUUCUUGGAUUCGUAGAGCUGUAUCGAUAAAGUAGUUGCAGUAAUCGUUAGCAAUAUUUAUAGAUAUCUGAAGAAUGAAAUUAUAGGAGGCGCAACGAAAUUUUCGAUAUUAUUAGACGUACUAUAAAGUAAGAAUCUGCAGUGUGAUAUGGAUUGCUUUAGGAAAAGAAAACAUAAUCAUUAAUUAUUGGUAUUGGUAUAGGAUGAAGCUUUUUCUCCACGCGUAUCACGUAAUCAGUGAUAUAACGAGAUAGUGGUAUAUCUGUCGCUGGUAGCACUGGUAAUGUAUACAAGAUGAUCUGUCAGAAAUGACACACCUAAUUAUGCAAGUAUUUCCUUUUCCAUUGCAGAUACGAAAAAAUGUAGAAAUCAAAAUUCAGACAUUUUUUGAGAUAAAUAACAAUUUUUUUUAGAAGUAUCAUAUUAUUUUACAAAUUACACAGGUUUAACCAUUUUUUUUUUUUUUUUUGUAAUACAACCAUAAAUUCAAGAUAUUGUUUUUCAUAACAUACAUGCGUCGAGUAACGAUCGAACAUAAUUUUCACUUUUUACAUUUUUUCGUAUCUUUAACAGUGAAGAAAGUAUUCUAAUUUCUGAUGUACUACCCUAUGUAAUUCGUACAUAUUGUUCCAGGAUAUAUAAUGUUUUAAAAGUUUAUGUUUGAGAAUUUUUGUCCGCGUUCUUCGCGCGUCGAAGACCAAAAAAGCGUGGUUCAUACCAAGGAACUAAGGCACAUAUUCGAGUGCACAUUGCCAACGCGUUACUAAUUAGAUAAUAGACGGCGGCGAAUUUCAUUUGUUUUAUUAGAUAAUAAAUAUUAAGAUACGUAACAUCGACGCGCGCCACGCAUACGAAGACUCCUUUUACGCAAAGACUGUUUUAUCUCCGCGGUGUGUCCGCUGAGACUGUUUUGGUCUGCAACGUUGCACACGCGGGAUUAGAUAAUAAAGCAUAUCAGGAUCGGAUUAUCGGGUAUCGAAAACUGGGCGUACAAACGGUACCCUGAAACGAAUUGUCAUCAUCGCGCAAUAAUUAUGUUCGUUCGACACGAUCGAGACGCGUUUCCAAAAUAGUGAAUAUCAUCGAAGAGAACAUCGAUCCGAUACUGAGAAUGCUCAUAACUCGAUCCGAUUCAACGUACAUAUAUGUUCGUUGUGAUCAGCUGAGCGGAUCGUAGAUAACGAUGUAGAAAGUACGUUGUCAAAAUGACUCCUGUGCUUGUAUACUCCUACAUACAUACAUACGUACAUAUAUAGAGGUAUACACACGCUCGUCUUACAACGUUUUUUUUAAAUAACACUACCCGAUACUAUUGUAUAAAUAUUUAAACGCAAAGCCAUUUUUAAGAAAUGUUCUCUACACACGGUCAUUCAAUUUGAAGAAUAAUAAAACGAAGAAAAGAAAUAAAGACGAAGAUAAUUCGUGAAUCGUUCGAACGGUGAAAAUAUCGCACGUAGAUAUUUGUUACGAUAUCGAAUUAUCAGCGUCACAACAAGUCGACCAAUCCAACAAUACACAGGGGUCAAAAACCUGUAUUUGCAAUACACUAAUAUAGCAAUAGGUGUCCUGUGUUUUUAUACACGCCCUCUUUCCGACGCGUGUCAACGAAAUCUAGCACAAAGAACGAGAGACGAACAGCGAUGCAUUGGCGUCGCUAAAUCGCAUCGCCCGAUAUGGCCUUUCAUGCCUGCUGGAACACCUACAGCAUGCAUUGUUCGACGAAUCGUUUUUAUUACCCGGGCUAAAGUAACCGAUUGCACCGUGUGUUUCCGUCGAUAAUAAGCUCUACCGACGAAUUAUAACACACACUGGAAACACACGAACACGUUCGUUUCGAUAAUACAACUUCUUCUCUUGCAGCAACGGGCCUAACCCAAAAUUACGGAACAAUUGCGCGCGUAGCAAAAUGUUACGUGCAAAACACCUCUUUUUUGUCACUUUUGCAAUCACCAUGUGGUUAUCGAAGCAAUCACGAGUAUAGAAAGUGAGUUACAUUUCAUACAUCCAGUAACUUCAUCGUUAACGUCGUCAUUACCUCUCUAUUCUGUGAACGUUAAUUUGUGGAUCUGCGUGAACAAUGCAAGCUCGUUGCUUUACAAGUUCACGAUGUAUUUAUUGAAGACACACGUUACGUAUUAACGACUUAAUAUCUCGAGAUGGAUAAGAAAAACGAUGAAGAAUUUAAACAACAAACUACAAAGUAUUUGGACUUAUUACCUAAUCAUUACAUUUCACUAUUUCCACUUGAAUUAAUUAUGUAUCGUUGUGUCUGUCUCUCGCUCACCUUCCCUCUAUCUUCGUUUCCAUUGACAUUUCGAACACGGAAUUUUGUGACAGGGUAUAAUCAAACCUCUAAACACAGUAUCGUGAAGUUCGAUUCUUUCGAAUUCAUAAAGUAUUAUAUAACAUGUUUAAUCAAUUUUACACUGGAAUACCGUAUUUUAUACUUUAAUUACGGAUUUCGUAUUUUCUUAAUUUAUGAUUCAGGAUGAAAAAAUUACUUGGAUACAAUUGUUCCAAUACCAAAAAAAAAAAAAAGAGGAAAGAUUUCGGUUAUUACAUCAAGUACGUACUGAUUGGUUGCAUGGACUGUACUACUUAAUGUGUCUGUAACGAAAUGGAAACAAUCGAUCCUUGAAAACAUCGAUAAAGAUACUUUGCAGAAGCAAAAUGACCGUAAAAACUGACAUAGGUGCGUUAAAAGAGCGCUUCAAACAGAAAAGCUGUAUUUAAAAUUGUAUUCAUAUUGUAUCGAACAUAAUGCAGUGACGACAGUGAAAAUGUAUUUGCAAAGUAGGAUUAAGCACAGAUAAGUAAAAAAAAGAAUGACAUUGUAAGAUUCGAAAAAUGAAUUUACCAUGUGUAUUAUAAGAAAAAACAUAAAUAUUUAACGACAAAUAAGAAAUCUCAAGCUAUCUAUACGCUAGCCGAAUAUUGUAUAAGCCUUUUGAGAUCAUUGUUAUUACACAUAGAAAGAAUUAAUAUAAAUGGUAGAAAGUAGUUAAUCGAUCGACGACGACGACGAUGACGAUGAUAAAGAACGAGAUAAUAAUAUAUUAUAGUCAUAUACGACUAAUAUUAUUAAACAUUAUAUUUUAUUAAUUAUUACGUAUAUAUUAUAUAUAUAUAAUAAUGAUCAAUUAUUACCUAUAUUAUAUAUAUAAAUAUAUACCAAUUCAAAAAAAUAUAUACAUAGACAUACCUAUGUAAGUAUUGUGUUAUAUAGAAUAUAUGUUAUUAUGAAUUCUUCUGCA